UCUUCCUCAGACACUCUGUAGUCACUGCCUGAAGCAGUAAUCGGACAACUGUCGUUCUCACUCUGCCUCGGUCUCUUGAGAUCCCAGCUAGUGUGUGUAUCGGUGUUCCAUGGGUUCUAACACUUAAAAUGAAAAAGAAAAAGUUGUCUUGUAGCUGGUAAUUUGUUGCGUUACAGGUUCUACCAACUCUUUAAAAACUUUUUUUGGAUGAAGUUUCUCUGUUGUUUCUGGACUGGACAGACUUGGCUGUAGAAGAUUAGAACGAAACUUAAAGGAAGGGAUACCAGCAAAAGUACAGGGAUUCCACCAUAAUUGGAGUCUAUGGACAUGCAGGAUCUAGCCAGUCCGCACAGCUGUGUAAGUGGAAGCAGUGAAUCCCCUAAUGGUCCCAGCCUUGACAACUCCCAUAUCAAUACCAAUUCCAUGACCCCCAAUGGCACUGAAGGUGAUAACAUCACAAUGCUCACCACAGCUGACUGGUUGUUAAGCACUAGCUCACAGUCGGCUGCAGUUAAAUCAGAACCUAUGAGCAGCAGUGACAUCACCUCCCCAGUAGCAGACGCCUCCCUGGACAGCUUCUCAGGUUCAGUUAUUGGAACCAGUGGCUUCAGCCCAAGACAAACACACCAGUUCUCCUCACAGAUUUACCCUUCCAACAGACCAUAUCCACAUAUUCUCCCUACCCCUUCAUCCCAAAAUAUGGCUGCGUACGGUCAGACACAGUACACCACAGGAAUGCAGCAGGCCGCAGCCUAUGCUAGCUACCCCCAGCCUGGACAACCCUACGGGAUCCCUGCCUAUGGUCCAUUAUGGGCAGGCAUAAAGACAGAGGGGGGACUGAGCCAGUCCCAAUCCCCAGGACAGACAGGCUUCCUCAGCUACAGCUCAGGCUUCACCACCCCUCAGACGGGCCAGGCUCCAUACAGCUAUCAGAUGCAAGGUGGCACCUUCACAACCACGUCAGGACUGUACGCCGGAAGCAACGCCCUCACAAACUCAACUGGCUUCAACAGUACACAGCAGGACUACCCGAGCUACCCAGCGUUCGGCCAGGGCCAGUACUCCCAGUAUUACAACAGUUCUCCCUACACCUCCCCCUAUAUGACCAGCAACAACACCAGUCCCACCACUCCCUCCACCACAGCCACCUACACCCUCCAGGAGCCCCCCAGCGCCCUGACCAGCCAGGCCCUCACAGACCCCCCAGCAGGUAGGCCCCAGGCCCCCCAGGCAACCCACCCUCCGUCUCCAGGAUCAGACGGCUCUGGAGGGGGUGGCUAUGACGCCAGGGCCACUCAUUAUGGAGAUUACAGUACCAUCCACAGUCCAUCAACGCCCAUUAAAGAUUCAGAAUCGGAUCGAUUGCGGCGUGCCUCGGAUGGAAAGUCACGUGGCCGAGGGAGAAGGAACAACAACCCUUCACCACCGCCUGAUUCUGACCUUGAGCGAGUGUUCAUCUGGGACUUGGAUGAGACCAUCAUCGUUUUCCAUUCGUUGCUCACAGGGUCUUACGCUAACAGAUACGGCCGGGAUCCCCCAACGUCCGUGUCACUAGGACUGAGGAUGGAAGAGAUGAUCUUUAACUUGGCAGACACGCACUUAUUCUUCAACGACUUGGAGGAGUGUGACCAAGUCCACAUCGAUGACGUCUCAUCUGAUGACAACGGUCAGGAUCUGAGUACGUAUAACUUUGGUUCAGAUGGGUUUCAUGCGGCAGCAACCAGUGCCAACCUGUGCCUGGCCACGGGCGUGAGAGGAGGGGUGGACUGGAUGAGAAAACUGGCCUUCCGCUACAGACGAGUAAAAGAAAUCUACACCACCUACAAAAAUAACGUUGGAGGUCUGCUGGGACCAGCCAAACGAGAAGCCUGGUUACAAUUGAGAGCAGAAAUUGAAGCCUUGACUGACUCCUGGUUAACACUGGCACUGAAAGCACUCACAUUAAUCCACUCAAGGUCAAACUGUGUUAAUAUCUUGGUGACCACCACCCAGCUCAUACCUGCCCUGGCUAAAGUCCUGCUGUACGGACUGGGGAUAGUGUUUCCUAUUGACAAUGUUUAUAGUGCUACCAAAAUAGGGAAGGAGAGCUGUUUUGAGAGAGUCAUUCAGAGGUUCGGGAGGAAAGUUGUGUACGUCGUCGUGGGAGACGGUGUGGAAGAGGAGCAAGGCUCAAAAAAGCACAACAUGCCCUUCUGGAGGAUCUCCAGCCACUCUGACCUCAUGGCCCUCCACCAUGCUCUGGACCUAGAGUACUUGUAGCUACCGCAUCCUACUGCUCAGACCGUACACCUACAGCUCGGCCUGCUGGCCCCCUGCACCUACCCAAAGGCCCCUACACCCUACCGGCCCCCUGCACCUACCCAAAGGCCCCACAACUACUCCGCCAGAUCCUACUGGCCCCUACUAGCCCCUACUGGCCCCUAUUGGCUCCUACUAGCCCCUACUGGCUCCUACUGGCCCCUACUAGCCCCUACUGGCUCCUACUGGCCCCUACUGGCCCCUACUGGCCCCUACUCCUACUGGAGCCUACUGGCUCCUACUGGCCCCUACUGGCUCCUACUAGCCCCGACUGGUUCUACUGGCCCCUACUGGCCCCUAGUGCGCCACAUACCACAACUACCAUACUAGCCCUUACUGGCCCCUACUGGCCCCUACUGGCCCCUACUAGCUCCUAGCGCUCCACAUACCACAACUGCUCUACCAGACCCUACUGGCCCAUACUGGCCCCUACUAGCCCCUACUGGCCUCUACUGGCCCUUACUGGCCCCUAGCGCUCCACAUACCACAACUGCUCUACCAAACCCUACUGGCCCCUACUGGCCUCUACUGGCCCCUACCAGCCACUACUGGCCCUACUGGCCCCUUACUGGCCCCUACCGGCCACUACUGGCCCCUACUGGCCCCUACUGGCCCAUACCUGGCCCUACUGGCCCCUAGCACUCCAAAUACCACAGCUACUCUACCAGACCCUACACUUACUGUUCCACCUUGCCUUGCAACCUUUCAACUUUCAACUUUCACCACAGCCACUCAGGUCCUCCCACCCAGAACAGACUCUCUGAGGCCCUUUGUGUCGCCUGCCCUCCCCCUUCUUUACCUGGCUGCCCUCUCGCCCUCCCUACCUGCCUGUCCUCUCGCCCUCCCUCCUUCUCACCCUCCCACCCUCCCACCCUGCCUGCCCACGCACCCACCCUCCUUCCUCCCUUCCUCCCUUCCUCCCUCCCUGCCUUCAACUAGAGAGAAAAAAAGAAGAGAAGGAGACAUUUAAAAAAGAGAAACUGAACAAUGAAACGGUCGACACCAUGUUGACAUGUGGCCACAAUUCAUCUGAACCCUGAACCUUCAUUAUCUGUGUGUUCGUUCUGAAGGCCCACCGUCCCAAACUACACGAGGGGGGGUUACAUCCAACUCUCUCUCUCUCUCUCUCUCUCUCUCUCUCUCUCUCUCUCUCUCUCUCUCUCUCUCUCUCUCUCUCUC